AGUUGGAUCUGUUUCGUUUUCCAUCUCGCUCUAGGAUGUCUCGCGUUUACCUCGGGCACCUUCCUGCUCGCUGCAGAGAACGCGAUAUUGAAGACUUUUUUAAAGGGUACGGACGACUCAGAGACGUUGUUUUAAAAAACGGUUAUGGAUUCGUGGAAUUCGAUGACGAAAAGGAUGCUGACGAUGCCGUGUAUGACCUCCAUGGUCGUGAGUUGAGGGGUGAACGCAUCAUAGUUGAACAUGCACGUCUGCCCCCUGGAUCCCGAGGAGGUAGCAGGCGGACUGGCGGCCGCGACCGUCGCUACGGUCCACCGACACGAACUGAAUACAGGGUUGUCAUCGAGAACUUAUCUUCGCGCGUUAGCUGGCAGGACUUGAAGGACAUGAUGAGGAAAGCCGGUGAUGUCACUUAUGCGGAUGCGCACAAAUCCGCGCGUAACGAUGGCAUAGUUGAGUUUUCAUCAUAUGCUGACAUGAAGGAAGCCAUUGAAAAGUUUGAUGGAUACGAGCUUUACGGCCGUCGACUGCGUGUUUACGAGGAUCGUCCCAAUCGACACUCAAGAUCCGGUUCCCGAGGUCGCUCACGCUCUGAUAGCAUCGGAAGAAAGCGUGCUGCUCGCUCUAGAAGUCGCGAAUCGUAUCGUCGCCCGAAAGCACAUUCCCCACGUAGACGACGAGAACGAUCGGUCUCAAGUAAAAGGCGUCGCUCCGUUUCUCGGGAUGGUCGUGAUUCAUCAAGAAGAUCGAAGGAAUUGUCAGUGGAGCAUCGGUCUCGCAGUCCAUCGCACCGUUCUGAGUCUCAUCAUUCCCGCAAACGCUCCGCUUCGCACCACACUGAGAAAAAUUCACCGAUGGCUGAGUCCCGCUCCCCAAGUCGUAACGGAACUGAUGGCAGCAUUAAAAACGAAUCGGAAAUAAGAUCCCGCUCAAGGACUCGUUCGCGUUCGGCGUCAGCUUCGCGCUCAAGAAGCCGGUCUCGAUCCGCUGAUUCCCGCAGCCCUGACCGGUCACGUUCCGUCAGCCGCUCCCGCUCUGGAUCUCGAAGAAGCGUAUCCGCUGAAAGACAUCAAUCGGACGAAGAAGAAAUGGACAGCAGUAGGAGAAGUGACGACGAAAGGGAUGAAACCGGGCGUGAAUCAGAAGACUAACGGAUUCGCAUUUUUCUCGCAUUCAUUUUAUGAGCCCCGUGUUGUCAAUCCAUAUUAAUCUUCU